AUGGCCUCCUCCAGCCCAUCUUCACUAUCAGCAAUUCAAGGAUUGUGGCUCGUUGUAUUGACAGCUCUCGUCUCAUAUCUCUUUUACAUUGUAAUGGUCCAACAGAAGAGAGAGAUUGAUCUUUUACAAAAACAAGUGCAACUUCAUCACAAUUUGUGGAAACAAUGGGUUGAUUAUGAGAGUAAGAGAAAGGGACAAGUCAAUGUCAGAUCUUCUAGACAUGUACAAACUCAGCAAGAAGUUGGGGAGGAGUAUUUACAAAUUGACUUUUGGAGGGAAUAUGUUCAGAGAGCUCUUCCACCUGGCUGUGAAGAUUCGGAAUUUCAUAGACAAUGGUUAUUGGAAAUGGAUUCAUAUUUUUGGAAUAGAAUUUCACAGGAGAAGAAUCAUGUCUAUUUGAAUUGUGAUUUGAUUGAGAAGGAGGGAUUGUGUGAACAAUAUUCUCAAUUCUUGGAAAAGAAACUUCCUCAAUUCAAUUUUACAAUUCUCAAUGAAAGCAAGCUGAUUACAAAAUCUCAAAUGGUGCUCAAAGUAGUUGAUAAUUCAGAAAAAUUGAAAGAGUUGACCAAAGCUGAUGAAAGCGUUCAACAUUUGGAUAAAAUUGUUGCUUUUAUUGGUGAUUGCAAUCCAGACCACUCCAACCCAAACAACCCAUGGUUAAUUGUCAAAUUUGCCAUUGUAAAUAAUUCAAUUGUCACUUGUGAUGAUGUUUCACUUUCUGCCCUUAGUAAUUUUGUUUGGAAAAAGGGUGUAGAAUGA